AUAGAACUCCAACGUAACCUAUAAACAAGAACAAUAGCGUCGCGCAACUCGGUUCGAUUAAUUAUUCGUUGUUCCUGCCGUUAUUUAAGUAAAAAGUCUAUAUAAGACUUUGGCGAGCUAUAGAUUGACUAAAUUUGUUUAUCACAACAGCGAAAUCACGUAGGAACAUCGCAGUGUGAGAUAGCAUCGCAUCACAGUGCGAGAUAGCCGCUCUAUCAAGUAUAUUUUUCCAUUCGAUUGUUGUUCUCACUCGCUGGAUUACGCAGAAACUAAUCGAUUGAAAGAUUACUCGAAUAUUAUAUCAACGCGCGGAUAUUAUCAGUUUUAACAAGUUCGUCUUUUUAGUCGGUAUGAAGGAAAUACAAGUAAACAAUGAAUCUCAUAUGCAAUAAGUACCGACGAAUCCGUAAGAUAGGAAUGGGGACUUUUUGCAACGUAUACCUCGGCGAGAACAUCGAAAAUGGCCUUAAGGUAGCUAUUAAGAUGGACAAAUGUCGGGCAGAGGAAUCUCGCUCUUUGCUACCUCAUGAGUACAAGGUGUACGCACAACUUGCGGGCUGCGAAGGCAUUCCGGACGUCCAUCUCUUCGGCCAGGAACGUGGUUACAACGUUAUUGUCAUGGAUAAGCUUGGCCCUUCCUUGGAAGAUCUUUUCAACUUUUGCUCACGAAGAUUUUCACUCAAAACCGUCAUGAUGUUGGUCGACCAGAUGAUCACGAAAGUCGCUGGCGUGCAUAAGAAAAAUAUCAUUCAUCGCGACCUUAAACCAGACAACUUUGUUAUGGGAGCCGAAAUGCAAGAUAAAGUGCUGUUCCUGGUUGACUUUGGUUUGGCUAAAAAGUACUACAACCCCAGUUCCCGUUCUCAUAUAGCAUAUCGGGAAGGAAGGAGCUUGGUCGGUACUGCCCGGUAUGCCUCAUUAAGCUCCCACCUGGGAAUUGAGCUAAGCCGUCGUGACGACAUGGAGUCGAUAGGAUAUGUGAUGGUUUACUUCCGACGUGGCUCGCUGCCGUGGCAAGGGCUGCAAGGGGUCAACAAGUUUCAGAGGAACGAACGGAUCAUGGAGAAGAAACUUGCCACAUCGAUCGAGGAUUUGUGCGCGGGUUUACCUGAGGAGUUUGGGUCAUAUUUACAGUACUGUCGCAGUAUGUCUUUCGACGAACAGCCAGAUUACCAGUACUGGAUUUCUACAUUUCGGGAGGUUUUGAGUGCAAAUGAGCUUAAAUAUGAUUUAAUUUUUGAUUGGCACGGACUAAUGCCUUCGGAAGCAGCGGAGCAAGAUAGCAACAAUGCCUCAGCAACUACAGCUGAUGAAAGUUAAGGCAACGCGAUUUUAAGUUAGACAGUAUCU